AAUAUAUCGUUGCUAACGGUCAUAUGUCUCAGACGUCUUCUAGAAUUCGUGGUGUGUAGUUGUUCUGGUUUAUAAAAGUCUUGAUACCACCAUCAUGCGUGAGAUUGUACAUCUACAAGCCGGCCAGUGCGGCAACCAGAUCGGUUCUAAGUUCUGGGAGGUGGUUUGUGAUGAACACGGAAUCGACCCUACCGGUACCUACCAUGGCGACUCUGAUCUCCAGCUCGAGCGUAUCAACGUCUACUACAAUGAGGCCACCGGCGGCAAGUACGUUCCACGAGCCGUGCUCGUCGAUCUCGAGCCAGGCACCAUGGACUCGACCCGUUCAGGUCCUUUUGGUCAGAUCUUCAGACCAGACAACUUCGUCUUUGGUCAGAGCGGAGCAGGGAACAACUGGGCCAAGGGACACUACACAGAGGGCGCUGAACUGGUGGACUCUGUCCUUGACGUCGUACGCAAAGAGGCCGAAAGCUGUGAUUGUCUUCAGGGAUUUCAACUUACCCAUUCUUUGGGAGGCGGCACCGGUUCCGGCAUGGGAACACUUCUGAUCAGCAAGAUCCGUGAGGAAUACCCAGACCGCAUCAUGACCACAUUCAGUGUGGUCCCAUCUCCUAAGGUGUCUGACACUGUUGUUGAACCCUACAACGCAACCCUGUCAGUCCACCAGCUGGUUGAAAACACAGAUCAAACCUUCUGCAUCGACAAUGAAGCUUUGUACGAUAUCUGCUUCCGUACAUUGAAGCUUACCACACCCACCUAUGGUGACUUGAAUCAUCUUGUGUCUGUGACCAUGAGUGGUGUCACAACAUGUUUGAGGUUUCCUGGACAGUUGAACGCAGAUCUGCGCAAACUGUCAGUGAAUAUGGUCCCCUUCCCCCGUCUUCAUUUCUUCAUCCCUGGCUUUGCUCCUCUCACAAGCCGUGGUAGUCAGCAGUAUCGAGCCCUCACUGUUCCAGAGUUAACUUCGCAGAUGUUCGACGCCAAGAACAUGAUGGCUGCCUGUGAUCCUCGUCACGGUCGCUACCUGACUGUCGCCGCCAUGUUCCGUGGACGCAUGUCAAUGAAGGAGGUCGACGAACAGAUGCUAAAUGUUCAGAACAAGAACAGCAGCUACUUCGUCGAAUGGAUCCCGAACAACGUCAAGACCGCUGUCUGUGACAUCCCACCACGUGGUCUGAAGAUGUCAGGUACUUUCAUCGGCAACAGCACUGCCAUCCAGGAGCUGUUCAAGCGCAUCUCUGAGCAGUUCACCGCUAUGUUCAGACGCAAAGCCUACCUCCAUUGGUACACUGGUGAGGGUAUGGACGAAAUGGAGUUCACUGAGGCUGAGAGCAACAUGAACGACUUGGUGUCCGAGUACCAGCAGUACCAGGACGCCACCGCAGAAGAGGAGGGAGAGUUUGAUGAAGAAGAAGAGGAAGAGGAAGAACCAUAAAUUUCUUUGAUGUCUCUUUAUAACCUCUGAUAAGUUUUUACAUCAAAACAACAGAGGCUCAUUCUUAUUAUCAGAAGAUACAAAUUUUACUUAGUUUUUAGCCUGGAAGGAAUUAAUCCCUUGAAAUACUAGGGCGCCGUACGUAAUGGCAACCAUGCUAAAGCCAGGGUAAUUAUUGGGAGCGCCAGGAGUGUCAAGUCUGACAGACAUGAGUGCUGCACAAGAACCCCAAUAUCAUUAUUAUUAUUAUCAUUAAUAGUAUUAUUAUUAUUAUUUUAGCUUUUGUAGCCGCUCUUUAUGUAUCUGUCCACAAACCGCAAAUAAAACGACUCUAUUAUUUUCGUAAAUAACGCACAAUUUUUAUUUUGCGUGCCAUGCCUAAUUAUGUUAAUCAAUAUUAAUGUAGGAGAGCCAAUUAAGCUAACCGAAAAUCUUUUUAAUUUUCGAUCACAGAGACUGUGAGACCGAAAGUUGAAAGAAGCUGUAUGUAUCCAAGACCGAACGUUCACGAAACCAAAGGCUCUAAAGACCAAAAAGACACAUACGCCUAUUAAGCUAUUAAAUCAGUCCCAUAAGAACGGACCCUCAUUCUCUUUUGGAUACCUAAUAAGAACACCGGAUCGAUUAUUUUGGUCUUGCGGAUAUUCCUACCAGACCUCCGAAUGUUUCGAUUUUGCGUAAAUUCGCGAACCAUUGGUUUCACGAACCUUCAGUUAAUUGGGCUAAAAUCGUACUGGUCAGUAGUCCCUGCAGGCUGCAGUGCUGAAAAAUAAAAUAAAAUCAUAGUCAAACACGA